ACCCAAGCACAUCCGGGCACAUAUAUAAGCACAUUGUAAGACUCGGUAGUCGCUCCACACUUGUACCUCACUGGGCUGCUUGAAAAUUGCGAAGUGUAGUGACAGGAAGAGCGGCUGAACUGCAGAUAUGCUUGGGAGGAGGAGAGGUGGCUCAUCAUCCAAGUCGCAUGAACCAAUUGACACGGGCGCCGCCACUGACAACGACCAGGGGGCGACCGUUUCCCAGUUCAUCACGCGGCUCGAUGAGUCCGCGACGAAGAGGCUGCAGCGAUUGAACCAGAGGCUGAGGUUGCUUGAGCAGCAGAUGGAGACACUGGAGAUCGGCGUUGCGAAUGCGGCCGGUGAUUCGUACGAGUAGCCAUUUCAGCAAACUUCUGCAGCUGAUAGCUUCAGUGACUCUUCAGGCGAAUUGAGAAUUGAGAUGAUAGCUUCAGUGACUUCGUCUGCUCGAUUUUACCUGGUGGUGCUCAAGCUGAAGCCGACCCGUUGAUUCAGGAUGAUGAUACCGCGCACUAGUUCUAGAGUUUUCUUAUGGUUGGAGGUCUAAGUUUUCGCGUUGCUUCGUGGCGCCUUGUCGUAGUUAUAUGUGAUCGUUUGGUGAACAUGUUUCUGUUAUCUUUCGUAUGUUUAGUCUUGUCAAUUCUUUUGCUGUCGUUAUCUACUCUUUUUGCUGUAAGACCAUGGGUAUAAAACUGAAUUCCGUUAUUCUGUAAUGGAAAUGGGGUUUCUCUGUAUCGAAAAAGGAGGC